AUGGCAUCGCCCAGAAUUCAGCGAUGGUCCAUAUUGAUGAGGGCAUACCAGUACCACAUGAAGUACAGAGCAGGAAAUCAGCAUGCCAAUGCAGACUGUAUGUCCCGACUGCCUUUACCGGUGAAAGCGCGUACUGAAGACAGAGUAUUGAUGAUAGAAGAGUUAGAAGACUGCUCUAUCUUGACCGCAGAGCAGAUCAGCCAUUGGACAAGGAAAGAUCCUGUACUCGCACAUGUACAUGAGUACCUGUUACGCGGAUGGCCGACAGAUGACACAGAUCCAGCCCUUACAUCCUAUCGCAAGAGGAGAGACGAGUUAAGCGUCCAAGAUGGGUGUAUCUUAUGGGGUGCGAGAGUUAUAAUUCCACCCAAUGGUAGAGAUCAAGUCAAGCGAGAACUCCACUCUGCACAUCCGGGCAUCAAUCGGAUGAAGGCCUUGGCCAGGAGUUACGUUUGGUGGCCCGGAAUGGAUGAAGAGCUAGCAGAGAUAGUGAGGAGAUUUGAUGUUUGCCAGGACCGGAGAAGAAACCCGCCAUCAGCUCCAUUGCACCCAUGGGAAUAUCCCGAUGGUCCCUGGAAGCGGAUCCACCUAGACUACGGUGGGCCGGUCGAAGGUCACAUGUUACUGGUUAUAACUGAUGCUUACUCCAAGUGGAUUGAGACAUACCUGAUGAAGUCAACAACAUCUCAAGCAACCAUAAACAAGCUGCAAGAAUGCUUCGCACGAAACGGUAUUCCAGAUGUUGUUGUAUCGGAUAAUGGUCCUAACCUUAUCUCGGAAGAACUGUCAACAUUCUUCAGUAAGAACGGCAUCCAGCACAUCCCGGUUGCGCCAGUACACCCAUCCAGCAAUGGGCAGGCAGAGCGAACCGUGCAGACAGUAAAGGAAGGAAUAGAGAGGGCGUCUGGAAGAGAUUUGACCACGAAACUGCAGAGGUUCCUCUUCCAAUACCGUGUUACACCUCACACGACAACCGGUCGUAGCCCAGCGGAACUGUUAAACGGCCGGAAGUUGAAAACAAGGUUUGACUUGUUACACCCUGCUCUCCGAGGUCGAGUCAGGGACAACCAGAGUAAUAUGAAGAGAUAUCACGAUAGGAAGACACCACUGAGAGCAUUUACAGCAGGGGACUUGGUAAGAGCCAAGAACUUUGGACAUGGAGUCAGGUGGUUCAAAGGUAAAAUCUCCAAGGUAACUGGUCCUCUUUCGUAUGAAGUUGAGCUCAUAGACGGUGGACUUGUGCGCAGACACAUUGACCAUUUGCUGAAGCGAGAGGCAGACACAGACGUCAAUGAGAAGCCUAGCGGGGAUUCUAAUAUCUCCUUAGGUCCAAUGGAGCUGGCCGGUGUAGACACAGUUCCAAUAGAAAGUCUGGUGCCACCGACAUCCACCACCCCCAUAUGCGAGCCAGUUGCAGCGACACCAGACGAUACUCAGUCAGCGGCUAUUGCUAUCCUACGAGAGUUCGACAAACCCCAAGUCAUUUAA